AGCGUGGAACCGGAAGAAGCGGGUUCGAAUGAACAGGUGCACUGAGGAGCUCCACUCAUUCUGAUCGCGUUCACUGGAGAAUGUUUGCGUGUGCGCAGAUGUGCACUCGGAUCUUGACUUGUGGGCUUUAUGUGCACUGCGCGCGCACGAUGAAGAAGAGGAUGAAGAGCGCUGCUCCGCUCGCGCUGUGAUCUGAACACCGGCUUGUGCGUGCGUGCGCGCGCGCCAGGACGUUCUCGGAGACUCGAACCAGCAUGACGCGCUUCCGGCAGCGGCUCCGGGCUGCGAUGCUUCUCCUGGGAUUUCUGCACGGCGUGACAGCCUCCAGAUGUGUGGGCCACGCCUGCAGCCCUCCUCUGGGCAACUUGGCCAGUGGCAGGACUCUUCACACACAGUCAUCCUGCUGCUCCAACAGCUCGCUGAUGACGGACGAUCCUUUUCUCCACCCGGACACGUGGUGGGAGUCGGGGGCCACAGCAGCUGGCGAGGACGAGGUCCGUCUGGACUUGGAAGACCGGUUCUACCUGACCCAUGUGAUUAUGGUGUUCCGCUCGCCGCGUCCUGCUGCCAUGAGCCUGGAGCGCUCGCAGGACUUUGGUCGCACCUGGGAUGCACUGAAGGUGUUUGCUGAGAACUGCAGCUCUGCCUUUGGGCUCCCUGACGAUGUUAGCCAGCAGGAGGCGCUCUGCACGUCCAGAUACUCCAGCGCUGUGCCAUGUUCUGGGGGAGAGGUGAUUUUCCGAUCCAUGGCUCAGGGCAGAGAGAUGGACAACCCCUAUAGUCCUGAAGCCCUGUCCGUACUGACCCUCACGAACCUGCGAAUCCGCCUCCUGAAACCCCAUCACUGUCCUGCUCCCCCUCUCACCUCCUCUAGGGGGCAGCGCAGUGUUCCACAACAAGUGCCCAGCCUCCGAUUCUUACACAAAGUUCCCAGAAAGUCAUCUUGUAACUCCACACGCUCUGAUUCUGCUCCUUAUGCCAUCUUCUCGCUCCUGGUCCGAGGGACGUGCCUGUGUCAUGGACAUGCAGAGCAAUGCCUUCCUCCUGGAGGACAAGUCAGCCUGCAAAGCAGCAGUGUGCAGGUGCAAGGCAGGUGUGUUUGCACCCACCACACAGCUGGCGUUCACUGUGAGAAAUGUGCUCCUCUCUACAACGAUCAUCCCUGGAGAGCAGCCAACGGCAGCAGUGGAGAACCGAACCCCUGUCGGAAGUGUGAAUGUCACGGCCAUGCGCAGAGCUGUCACUUCUCCCAGCGAGUGUGGAGCGCCACAGGUGGCACCAGCGGAGGUGUUUGUGAUGACUGCCAGCACGACACAGCGGGCCGGAGGUGCCAACGCUGCCGCCCAGGAUACCGACGCCACCCGGCUCGACCCUUCGACUCGCCUCAAGCCUGUACACGCUGCUGGUGCGACCCAGUCGGCUCGGUGACAGUCGGGAGCAACAGCGAGGCAGCCUGGUGUCACCCCAGGAGCGGGCAGUGCCCCUGUAAGCCUGGUGUCGGAGGGACGAGCUGUAGUCACUGUUUGCCUGGACACUGGGGCUUUGGACUCGAGGGCUGCAGACCCUGCGCAUGUCCUCUGACCUGUGACCCCGUUACAGGUAACUGCUUUGAAAGCAAAACCAGUGGAGAGUUUUACAACAUUCCCCUCGGAGGUAAAAUUCCUGAUCUCGCUCACUUCCAUCCCCAUGAGGAGAACAAGUCGUGGUCCAACGAGCUCACUCUCUCUGCGCUGUACUACACAGGGAAAUGCACCUGCAAAGAAAGAAAGGUGAAGAGUGUAUCGGAUUUGUGCAGGAUGAAACAUUCAUAUGUGAUCAAAGCCAGCGUGCUGUCAGCUCACGAUAAAGGCACGCAUGCGGUGGUGCAGGUGAAGGUGAGGAAAGUGCUGCGCUCAGGUGUCGUGCUGCUUUCUCAGGGCACACACAGCCUGUACCCGCUGUCCUGGACCAGCCGCGGCUGCACCUGCCCCGUCCUCAACCCAGGAGCAGAGUACCUUCUGGCGGGUUCAGAGGAGGCAGAAUCGGGCCGUUUGUUGGUCACCAUGCAGAGUCUGGUGGCGCCGUGGACAAAUACACUCGGCUUUCUCGUCUCCGAGGCGCUGCGGCGGGGCUGCUUGUGAUUAAAAACUUGAAGAGCACAGAUACAUAUGUACACUGACACUGAAAACGAAUACAUGUCAAACUCCCAAACGCAGCUGGUUUCUUCAACCAUGAGAUGUUAACAGAACUACGGAGAAACGCAACUGGACCUACAGUAUCUCCUUCACUGAACAAGGUCAGAGGACGUGGAGUCAUUCUGCACCUUGAUACAAAGUUCAUCCUGGCUGUUUUUAUUGUUUCCACAAAGUACUGCAUUAGUUCUCAGACCAGUUAUAGGAAGCCUCGAAAAGACAAAGACCUGUCAACUUGUCGCAUUGAAAUAACUGCCCGUUAUGUUCUUGUAUAUAAUAUUCGAUUUUUUUAACCAGUUGUUUGAGUUUCGUUGGUCAAUGUUAAUCUAUUUUUUGUAAACUUUUAAUAAAAAAAUAAGUAUGAAACUCCUGCGUCACAGGGGAUGGAAUAUCACAUCAAGUCCAACGUUACACCUUAUCAUAUCCGGUUGUGGUCAGAAGUUAACGUUCGAGGAUACUUCAAAAAGUUCUCGGCCUCACCCAGAAAAC